ACUUUCUGAACGCUGCAACCAUUAUCAAAUGCACUUGUAUUUACAAUCUGUUAUUAAAGGAUCACUGCGAACAUCACUGCCUUUAUAUUUCUCUGUACGCGCUAUGUCGGCUGUCCCCAGGAUCUCGCCAAAAUCUGCCGGUCGAGUAAAUAGCCUCGAUCAAGGUGGGACAGUUUUUGCAGAGUUCACCGCUCUAGCGUUGGCACAUAAGGCGGUCAAUCUGGGCCAGGGAUUCCCAACUCUUCCUAUCCCUGAAUUCGUCACAAAAGCUGCCACAGAUGCUCUCACUCAGAAUAGACUAUUGCAUCAAUAUACGAGAAGUGAAGGGCACGUUCGACUUGCAAAAGCGUUAUCGGCUUUCUAUGAAGACAAAUUGGGGAGGUCACUCAACCCCCUGACGGAGAUCGUCACCGCUGUCGGGGCUUGUGAAGCGAUCUACAGUACCAUUCAAGCAUUUAUUAAUCCUGGAGAUGAGGUCAUCUUAAUGCAGCCAUUCUACGAUAGCUAUCCGGCGUCCGUUACGCUUGCUGGAGGCAUCCCUGUAAUGGUCUCCCUACGACCUCCUUCUGAUCGAUCAUCAAAGACCUCUGAUGACUGGAAGCUGGAUUUUGAUGAGAUUCGACGCGCGAUCAAACCUGGGAAGACCAAGAUGAUCAUUGUGAAUAACCCCCAUAAUCCUGUUGGAAAGGUGUUUACACGGGAGGAGCUGGAAGCGAUUGCCCAAAUUGCAACCGAGUAUGACCUGCUCGUUUUGGCGGAUGAAGUAUACGAGACUCUUGUUUACACGGACUCUGUAGCACCUCUCAUAAAGUUUGCCAGCCUGCCUGGCAUGUUUGAGCGCACGAUCACCGUGGGAAGUGUCGGCAAAAUGUUUGGGGUAACGGGAUGGAAGAUUGGAUGGGCCGUUGGCGCACCUGAUAUUAUCCGAUCCAUUUGGAUGGUCCAUCAGUAUGUUCCCUUCUCGGUCGUAACACCAUUGCAGGAAGCCACUGCGGUGUGCCUAGAACAAGCUGCUACAAAUGGCUAUUUCGAGCGGACGCGUGCAGAAUAUCAGCAGCUUCGUGACAAACUCCACACGAUGCUCAGUUCAGUGGGGCUGACACCGACACUUCCUCAUGGCGGGUACUUUAUCCUAGCGGACACAAGUUCUUUACCUGAUCCUGCAGAUGCAAACGGCAAUGCUGGAGCAGAGGAAGUGGACACGGAUCCUCGGCGAGAUUACCGAAUCUGUCGAUUUUUGACAAAAGAGGCGGGAGUCACAGCCAUUCCACCCUCUGCAUUUUAUGAUCCUGCAGAUAAGGAGGGACGAGAUCAAAUUGCUGGGCAUUUGGCUCGUUUCGCCUUUUGCAAGAAUGAGGAAAUGUUGGAGCAGGCUGGGGACAAGCUAAGAGCGUACUUUGGUGAUUUGAAGGGGAACAAGGCAGACUAGCUGCUUUGACUGCGGUAGAAUUGCAUUCUUAUUAGAACAGUUUUUAGCUCGCCAAGUAAGUAUAGAUCGCAUAGGGGGGACGAUUAGAGUAGGUCUCUGGGCAUUGAUUUAUUUUCCUAACAAUGUAUGCCAACCCGCAACCCACCGGCCCAUUGGUUGUCGUGCAUCUAAUCAUUCCAAUCAUGGAAGGGCUCUGGUUUCGGCAGCACC